GCGCACAACGGCACGUCUAUCGCGCGGUUUUUAAAAAGGCUUCAAACUGAAUGGAAACGUCCGCAGAAGGUCGCAGGGUACGCGGUGCGGAUUUUGUGUCGGGAGGGGUCGCCCGAAACUGUUGCACGCGUUGUGAGAAGGAAAGGUUAGCACCACCGCCAGAUCAAAAUGAGCUACCCAACAACCAGAAGUGACCAUCACAGUGUCAGUAAAAGGCUGCAGACAGAAUUAAUGACUUUAAUGACGUCUGGUGACAAGGGCAUCUCAGCAUUCCCAGAUGGUGAUAACCUCUUCAGCUGGGUCGCCACCAUCUCUGGAGCCGCCAGCACGGUGUAUGAGGGCCUGGAGUUCAAGCUGCGGCUCGACUUCUCCAACAACUACCCGUUCUCGGCGCCGGUGGUUCGCUUCACGUCGCCCUGCUUCCACCCGAACGUCGACACGCAGGGCAACAUCUGCCUCGACAUCCUCAAGGAGAAGUGGUCGGCCUCCUACGACGUGCGCGCGCUGCUGCUCUCCAUACAGAGUCUGCUCGGAGAGCCGAACAACAACAGCCCGCUGAACGUGCAGGCGGCCGACAUGUGGAGCGACCCCACGCGCUUCCGCGAGAACGUGCUGGAGCGGUGUGCCAGCUGUGUGCGCCACCCGUGAGCCGCGACUGCCGCUCUAGGUACCAGUGGGCCAUCUCACC